AUGAUAUUUCCCCUUAUGGCCAAGAUAUGCAAUACAAUAGUAUGGUGCUCUCAACCCUUACUUUAUACUGAGGCGACACCAACAUCUGUACGAAAUGUUUUUUGCGGGGUCGCCGGGUUCUUGGGUGAUCUCGGCUCAGUGGCAGCACCGUACCUUAAAAGACUGGAGGCUAUACACAAAUCAGCGCCUGCCUUGGCAAUAGUGGUAAUGUCGCUGAUAUCGGCUGGGAUUGUUCUUAUUAUGCCGGAAACAAAAGACAAGAAAUUGCCUGAAGAUCUGGACGACUUUGAUCCAGGACCAUUGUUGCGUUGGAUGAAGAAAAAAAAGGACGAAAAAGUGGAAGAGGGGUCGCCCAUGUUGGGAACAGAGCCAUCCAAACCAGCGUUUAGUGAAGAAAAGACAGCUGAGUUCGAAGCUUAA